AUGGCUAGUUUUAAGGUUGGAAGCAUCGUUUCCGCCACAGUUGAGCAAGCCUUAGAGAACUGUAUCAUGGUUAAAUACAAAAGGGGCUCAAGGACCUUCCGAGGGGUUUUAUUUGACGAGAAAAACUCAGUUGUUUCAAGGAUACCUUUGAAAGAUGAAGAAAGUAGACAAAAAAUGGCUACCAAUACCUUACCUGCUAGAAUGGCUGUGGUCUCACCAUCUAAAGCCACAUACUCGUCGUUACGAUCACGGGCAUGUACUUUAAAUAACAGGAGGGGCAUUGUUAACCUAAGUCCCAAGCCAAGGACCCUAAGACAUGAGAAGACAAGUAAUGGGAGCAAGAAAGGCAACUCUUUACCUUCCCAAAGUACAUCCUUAAAGAGCUCUAAUCCUUCUAAGAAAUUCAGCCACGCUACUAGAGACAUUGAUAAGGUAGUUGAGAAUAAGAAUGGAAAAUCUCAGGGGGUAGGAGGAGGGUUGAAAAGGUCAGCUCCAACUGAACUAGUAAAUAACAAACCAUCCAAGGCAGUCAAGACUGGGCAGGAGACGGUUGGAGACUCAAGCAGGGCAAUCAUAAAGAAAUCAAGGGUUAGGCAAAGAAGUGACGAAUCAACAAACAUGAGAGAAAGACUCGGGGAUAGCACACAGACUGGCUUUGAAAGGGACAGUUUGCAGCCUGGUCAUUUCCUCAAGACAACACCCUCUAUGGAAGAUGAAAAUGUAGUAUUUGGUGUAAAUGGGUCAGAUGUUGUUGCUAAUAGCUCCAGUGGAACAGUGAAAAGAAGUCUAUUUCUUCCCGAGGUGAUGGAAGAGAAUGACUCUGUAUUCAGAGAUGAUGUCUCUCACAGCUCUUCGUCUCUAACAAAUGAGGAAACAGAGGUUAAUCUUUACUGUGAUGAGCCCCCAGUAGAUGUGUUUUUGACUUCACUGGGGCUAGAUCAUGAAUUAACAGACAACAAGAAAGAUGGCUCUAAGACUAAAGAUAACUUCCCUGUAAUUGAUUCCCCUGUGUCAAAUUCAGAUGAGAUAAGUGAGCCAACUGAUAAAACAAGUGAUGAUACUGUUUUAACACCAGUCAAAAAAUCUGCAAGAAUAAGUGCUAAGCGGGCAAAACUAGAGGAAAUCGGUAUAAACGAUGAAGAUGACAAAACUACCAUAUGGAGCAUUUGGGGGGCAUCUCCAGUGAAAAAGGAGCAAAAACAAUCAGAGACUGGAUCAAGGAAACAUUCUGACACUGAUUCCACACAUUUAAAAUUAUCCAGCACUGAGACCCAUGCUAAUCAACCUACGGUUAUUGAAGAUUGUAAUGCGGCAUCAAUAAACGAGGGGAGUAUUAUAUGGGGCAAGGUGCAUGGGCACCCUUGGUGGCCUGGAAGGGUGAUGGCUAUCACAGAGGUUGUAGAUGACCAGGGGGGUGUGGACACAUUUGCUCAUGUCACUUGGUUUGGUUCAAAUACAAGCUCAGAGAUGCCUGUACAAGAAUUACAGGAUUUUGAACCAAAUUUCCGCCGGCGAUACAAGAAAGACAAAAAGGGAUGUUACCGCAGGGCAGUUCGACAAGCCCAAGAAACACUAACAAUUAUGAAAUUGGGUAUUUGAACAAGAAAAUUUAAUUUAAAACAAAAAAUGUUCCUAACUGUAUUGUUGUAAGGAGCUUGGAUCAAAUUUAAAUCUUAGUUUACAGUAGGUGUCUAUAAUAUUUUAUGUUCCUUGUUGUGUUAAAAAUUGUACCAUAAUUUAUAUAAGAAAUUGUAAAUAUUGAGCUGCAAAGCAGUGGCUCUUAAAUUUGAGUAUUGAAUUUCUAUUAUCAAGAAAAAUUAUUAUACAAAAUGAUAAUAAUUCAUUAUUUAUAGUAGAACUGCAAAGAUAAAAAAACAUAAUGUUGUAUAAAGAAAAUAAUAGAGCAGAACCAGUCAAUUUCAGGAAGUUGUAAAACGCUUGUUAUGUAAAAUACUUUAAUUUGGUAUGGUUCAGUUGUUUUGUUAAUGUUAAAUAGCUUGUGGUUAAAAUUCAAAAUGACUUUGGAUGUUACACAAAAUAAAUGCAGAAGGCACUA